UGAAUGAGAGGGAAAAACACUAAUCUGCUGCACGGACUCACUCACUGUUUGAUCCAAUGGUUUUCAAACAAAGUCCACCAUACACCAUACACGUCCUUUCUCCACUGUAGAACCAACCUAUGCUCUACUCUACUCAAAGUCAAAGGGAAACUUGCUUCUUAUACUUAUGAAGAAGCUUCUCGUGCCUAUGGUCUGUACGAAGAUCUCCAACGGAUCAAAGACACUUUGUCAAUUGUAAGAGGUCUGUUGUUGGAUGCUGAGGAGAAGAAAAACCAACAACAUGCAUUGCGUGAAUGGCUGAGGCAGAUUCGUAACAUAUGCUAUGACGCUGAAGAUGUAUUUGAUGGAUUUGAGUUGCAAGACAAGAAAAAGCAAGUUCUGGAAACUUUUGGUAGCAAUUGGAUGAAGGUACGCCACUACCUUUCUUCCUCUAAUCCACUUGCUUUCCGAUUUAAAAUGUCCCACCAAAUCAAAGAGAUCAAGGAUAGAUUGGAUAAGGUAGCAGCUGAUGGAACCAGGUUUGGACUUAUAAUAAUCGAUGUUGAGCCCAGACCUACUGUCCAAAGGAGAGAAUUCACUCAUUCCCAUGUUGAUGCUUUGAGUGUAAUAGGAAGAGAAGAUGACAAGGAAGCUAUUAUCCAGCUUUUGGGGGAAUCCAAUCCUCAGGGUGACAGUGAUAAAAGUCUUUGUGUCAUUCCCAUAGUGGGAAUUGGAGGAUUGGGGAAGACGACACUUGCAAAGUUGGUGUUCAAUGACAAGAGGAUAGAUGAAGUUUUUCAAUUGAAAAGUUGGGUGUGUGUCUCCAAUGGUUUUGAUAUUAGGCACAUAAUUAUCAAAAUGAUCAACUCUGCUUAUGUUUCAGCAUCAACUCCACCAAGUGUUGGUUGUACUGUUAUUGCUCAGCAAGAAGACAUUAACCACUUUGAUAUUGAGCAGUUACAAAUUAGUCUAAGAAAUAAACUUUCUGGUCAAAAGUUUAUCCUAGUACUAGAUGAUAUAUGGAAUGAUGAUCGUGCGAAAUGGAUUGAGUUGAUAGAUUUGAUCAAAGUUGGUGCAGCGGAAAGUAAAAUCAUAGUGACAACACGUAUCAACUCAAUUGCUUCAAUGAUGGGUACUGUUCCUUCAUAUGUUUUGGGAGGUCUUUCGCCAGAGAAUUGUUUGACUCUAUUUGUGAAAUGGGCAUUCAAGGAUGGAGAAGAAGAACAAUAUCCAAAUCUAGUUGAGAUUGGUAAAGAAAUUGUGAAAAAAUGUGCAGGAGUUCCGCUGGCUGUCAGAACAUUAGGAAGUUCCCUAUUCUCAAAAUUUGAUUUAAAUAAGUGGUUAUUCGUAAGAGACCACGAGAUAUGGAAUUUAGAACAAAAGAAAGAUGAUAUUUUACCUGCAUUAAAAUUAAGCUAUGAUGAAAUGCCAUCCUAUCUGAGGCAAUGUUUUGCCUAUUUUUCCUUGUUUCCUAAAGAUCAUACCUUUAAUGUCUUUGAAAUGGCUUUUAUGUGGAUAGGCCUUGGAUUAGUUCAAUCCAUGAAUGGAAGUGAAAAGCUUGAGCAUAUUGCCAGAGAAUAUAUACAUGAGUUACAUUCAAGGUCAUUGCUUCAAGAUUUCAAUGACUUUGUGUACAAUUCUGAUUUCAAAAUGCAUGAUUUGAUACAUGAUCUUGCACUGUAUGUUGCAAAAGAGGAGUUUGUAAGGGUAGACUCAAAUACUCGGAAUAUAUCAGAACAAGCAAGACAUUUAUCGAUUAUUGAAAAUGAUUCACUCGAGCAUGUUUUGUUCCCCAUGUCUACAAGUGUACGAACUAUUCUACUUUUCAGCAAAGGAGCGGGCCUUGACAAUGAAGCAUUGUUAGAUACAUGGGUAUCAAGAUAUAAGUACCUGCGAUAUUUAGAUAUAAAUGUUUCUUCAUUUGAAACUCUACCUGAUUCAAUAUCUAAAUUGAAGCAUUUGCGUAUUCUUGUUCUUACUAAUAAUAGAAACAUCAAAAGACUUCCUCAUUCAGUUUCCAAACUCCAUAAUUUGCAAGUUUUGCAAUUCGAUGGAUGCACAGAGCUUGAAGCAUUGCCAAGAGGGUUAGGGAAGAUGAUCGGCCUUCAAUAUUUGGUGAUAACCACCAAACAAUCAGUUCUGUCAUUGGCUGAAUUUGUUAACUUGAAACAUCUUCAAGUUUUGGCUUUUCAUUGUUGUAAAAAUAUGAAGUUGUUAUUCAGCAGGGUACAACAGUUCACCUCCAUUGUAACACUGUCUUUGCAGUCAUGUUGGAGCUUGGAAUCACUGCCUCUUCAUCUUUUUCCGAAUUUAGAGUCUCUAUUAAUUUCAGACUGCAAGAUAUUACGCACGUCGUUCAACAGUGAAAGUCCAAUUCACAAAUUGAGGUUGAAAAAUUUGUAUAUUGGGGAUUUUCCAGGGAUUUCAACAUUGCCUGAAUGGAUUGAAGGUGCUGCACAAACUAUAGAGACCUUGGUAAUUUAUGAACUUCCUAACCUUCUGAUGCUUCCUGAGUGUCUGACAACAAUGACUCAUCUUAAAUGGCUUGACAUUAUUGGUUGUCCUCAACUCUUGAACCUUCCAAGUGACAUACAUCACCUCACUGCCCUUAAAGAGUUGCACAUAGCAGGUUGUCCUGAAUUGUGCAGAAAAUGUAAGCCGCAAUUUGGUGAGUACUGGCCUAUUAUUGCACACAUCAAAAAUGUUUUCAUUGAACUUAUAGGGGAGGAGUAG